UUGUGAAGUCAGCGAGCAGCUACAUUUUGCGUGCUUCCCUGUGAGGCAACAAUAAAAUCUACAUUCACCACCACUUUCAGCCUCGUUUACAGGAUGGAUGCCUUUGUCAUAUCAUCUGCCUCAGAGGAAAUCAUUCCAAAUGAUUCAGAGAUUUUUCGGCCCACUGUAGAGUUGUGCCAGUUUCUUACUAAUGUGGGGGAGAUUUAUGAAGACCAGAGAUGGAACUGCCAUUCUGAGCGAGGUGCGCCAGCAGACUUUGAUAGUUCUCCAGUAAAUCAUCUGAUCGAGCUUCAGUCGGUGUCUCCCCAGCAACUGAUACAAUCCUACCAGCACUACAGCAGCGAGGCUUUGCCCUUUCACCUGGACCCGCCACUUGGACCUCUGUCUGUUUCACCGCAAACCCCACACUACGGCCCAGCUGAGUGUUACCAGCACCAACCCUCUGUGUCACCUGGUCACUACUACUCCGAAGAGGAGCAAAGAGGAAUUAGCCCUCCACUGGAGGUAUCAGAUGGGGAGGAUGAGUUUGACCACCACAACCAUUCCUUUUUCAGAAAAGAUGCAAGCAACAAGAAGAAAAUCCGGCUGUACCAGUUUCUCCUUAGUUUGUUAAAAAGUGGUGAUAUGAGUGACAGCAUCUGGUGGGUGGACCAGGACAAGGGCAUCUUCCAGUUCUCCACAAAACACAAAGAAGCUCUAGCCAGCCACUGGGGCAUUCAGAAAGGAAAUCGCAAAAAGAUGACCUACCAAAAAAUGGCUCGAGCUCUGAGAAACUAUAGUAAAACUGGAGAGAUUAAGAAAGUAAAGAAGAAGCUAACCUAUCAGUUCAGUGAGGAAGUUCUGAGGAAUUGCUACUUACAUCAUUAUCUCGACUGAUGAGGGAACAAAGCCUGUUGAUUCUUUUUGUUUUGUUUUGUUUUUGUGCCUUUUGCUUCCUGUCAUUAUACUAUUCCACAUUUGUUCUAAAAAUGUUUGCGGACUGAAGGAUGGCCAACAACAACGCUUGAAAUGUUUUAAAUGUACGAGGUCUAUUAGAAAAGAAACCGACCUUUUUAUUUUUUUCAAAAACUAUAUGGAUUUGAAUCAGGUGCGAUUACAUCAGACAAGCUUGAACCCUUGU